GAGUAGCUCCCCGAACGGGCGAGCGGGAGAGGACAUUCUGCUUUGCUGGUAACCGCAUUUAAUCGAGUCGCAUAGCAUCCCACCUCGCAGUCCCUGGAACGCAAGUCAUCGACGCCCGAGGCUUCCGCCCAGAUGCGUCCAGACUCUAGACCCACACCGGCCGACUGCAUCCUUGCCGUCUCGCAGCCGUCUCGCACGUCCUGAGUCAGCUUCGCUCAAGAUUCCGCCGCGCGGUCACCCUUUGAGGCGAGGGCGUGAUGGCGCUGCUUCGCCCGCACACCGCGCACGGAAUCGCGUCGAAACCCCUCCUAACAGCGCUCCCCGAUUCGUCUCCGCUACAAUGCUCCCCGCUAAACGACGCAUUCGCCCUGCUUCCCGCGCAUUCCUCGGACCAUGUCGUAUCCCGCGCCAUUUGGCCGUUGACCGCACGCAGUUCCCAGAGCGCAAGAGCGAGCACACGCACAAGCACAGAAGGGCCGCCGUUUCUCUCUUCUCGCCGACAGCAUCCCCGAUGUCCCGGCACCGGUAUUGCCGGUGCGAGGUAUGCCAGAUACGCCACGGAUGCGCACAGAAGAAACUGGCGAGCAGGGACGGCCUUCUCCACUUCCGAGAAUUCUGGCAACGCGGAUGAGUCUGAGCCGUUGAUUAUUGAAGACGCGGAUUGCGUGGUGGUAGGCGCGGGGGUAUCGGGCCUCUCAGCCGCAUUCGCGCUAGUAACGAAGCACGCCGCUACAGUGCCGCGCGUGCUUGUAACGGAGGCACGGGACCGCGUGGGAGGCAAUGUGACUACAGUGGAGGGAGAGGCGGGCACGGAGCGGGAGGGGUACGUGUGGGAGGAGGGGCCGCACAGCUUCCAACCCAGCGAUGCCAUGCUGCAAUGCGCUCUCGACUGUGGCAUUCUCCCCGACUUGUGCUCGGAGCUCCUGACGCUCCCCGCUACGUCUUUUGGGACGGCAAGCCUGCGUCCCAUUCCCUCGGGCCCCGGCGAUCUGAUCUCCUCUGACCUGAUCACGCUGGGAGGGAAGCUACGGGCAGCACUGGGGUUCGCAGGGGUCAGAGUAGCCCAGGCAGCCAGCAGCACGGAGGAGAGCGUGUCGGAGUUUGUGUCUCGCAUCCUCGGCCCUCAACUGCUGCACCGACUGGUCGACCCCUUCUGCUCCUGCAUAUUCGCAGGGGAUGCAGCGCAGAUGAGCAUGCGGGCAGCGUUCAACCGCAUAUGGCGCAUGGAGGCGGAAGGGGGGCUCGCUGCUGAAUGGAAUGAGGAUGGCGCUGGGCGACAGACUGCAGAUCUGGGAGGAGAAGAGGAAAGAGAAGGAGAAGGAGAAGGAGAAGGAGAAGGAGAAGGAGAAGGAGAAGGAGAAGGAGAAGGAGAAGGAGAGAGAAGGAGAAGGAGAAGGAGAAGGAGAAGGAGAAGGAGAAGGAGAAGGGAGAAGGAGAAGGAGAAGGAGAAGGAGAAGGAGAAGGAGAAGGAGAAGGAGAAGGGAGAAGGAAGAAGGAGGGAAGGGAAGGAGAAGGGAAGGAGUCCGGCAAAGCCUGUUGGCGACACUGCGACUGCAUCGCUGACCGUCUCCCCAAGCCUCAGGCCAAUCAGUGGGCUCCUUUCGAUCAGGGCUCGUCACUCUCACGCGUGCCAUGGCUGAAAGGCUAGGCAGCAGAGUGCGUGUGGGGUGGCGGCUGGUGGGCGUGCAGCAGCGAGCACAAGGGGGGUUGUUCUGACCUACGACACGCCACAUGGCACAACACAAGUGGCUGCUCGCUCUGUGCUGCUAACCGUACCUGCUUAUGUUGCUGCUGACGUCAUCAGGCCAUUCUCUCCCACAGCAGCAGAUGCACUUACCGCCAUUCCCUACCCGCCCAUGGCGUCCGUGGCGCUGUCGUACCCAGCCACUGCUGUGAGGGAGGGGGCGGAGAAGGCAGGGGAGCUAAGGGGGUAUGGGCAGCUGCACCCGAGCUCGCAG